GGACAUGUGACCUUCUUUCCUAAUCACGUGAAUACCGAUGUUUAUGUUCGCUUGAGUCUCUUUGAAGCCGGUGAUGUGAGAGCGGGGCACUUAAAUUGACGGACCCGCUAGUGUCUAAGAGCGAGCGGCGGGGUUUUGGUUGGUGUGGAAGAGUGAACUAAACGGCGGAACAUGUGGAGAAACGCUGCAAACUACACCGUGCAUACGGGGAGCGAGUAUGAGCCCGUCGGAGAGGAGAGCAGACCGCUGUUAGAACAGGGUGCUCAGGCUAGAGGUGCGUCGUCCUGGUCUUCUGCCUUUAAUCUGAUGAAUGCCAUCAUGGGUAGUGGCAUCCUAGGUCUCUCCUAUGCAAUGGCCAAUACGGGCAUCAUUGGAUUCAGUAUUCUGUUGCUGGUAGUCUCCAGUUUGGCUGCUUAUUCUAUCCAUCUCCUGCUGCUCCUCUGUGACAAGAAAGACAUCAACUCUUAUGAAGCUCUUGGAGAGGAAGCCUUCAACAGACCUGGCAAGAUUCUUGUGGCCUGUACUAUUCUCAUUCAGAACAUUGGAGCCAUGUCCACCUACUUGUUCAUCUUGAAGUCUGAAAUGCCUGCUGCCAUCACCGGCUUCAUGAGCUCAGAGACUACUGGUCCUUCAAAGUGGUUUGAGAAUGGCACUAUACUAUUGAUUUUAGUGACACUAAUUGUAGUGCUGCCACUGGCUCUACUUCCUAAGAUUGGUUUCCUGGGAUACACCAGCAGUCUCGCAUUCAUCUUCAUGUUGUUCUUUACUGUAGUGGUGGUGGUGAAAAAAUGGUCCAUUCCCUGCCCGCUGCCAAUUAACUCUACUGUGAACCUGAGCUUAAAUACCUCAGAAUGCACCCCACAGAUGUUUGUGAUCUCUAGUAAGAGUGCUUAUGCCGUCCCAACAAUGGCUUUCUCCUUCUUGUGCCAUACGGCAGUUUUACCCAUUUACUGUGAGUUACACAGUCCCACAAAGCGGAGAAUGCAAAAUGUGACGAAUGUCAGCAUUUUUCUUAGUUUCGUGGUGUAUCUGAUCUCUGCCCUGUUUGGAUACCUCACCUUCUAUACACAUGUGGAAUCAGAGCUAUUGCUAGGAUAUGACACCUACCUGCCGCGGGAUGUUUUGGUGAUGUCAGUGCGUCUUGCGAUACUAUUGGCCGUUCUGCUAACUGUGCCGCUCAUUCACUUCCCAGCACGUAAAGCGCUGUUGUUGUUAUGCAGGGGAGAGAGGGAGUUCUCCUGGCUAUUUCAUACGCUUUCCUGUUUUUUCAUUCUCACUCUUGUGCUGCUGCUCGCUAUUUUCGUCCCUGACAUUAGGAAUGUCUUUGGUGUGGUGGGUUCUACAACCUCCACAUGUUUGCUGUUUGUGUAUCCGGGAAUGUUUUAUUUGAAAAUCAGCUCUGAGCCAGUCAGAUCUCUCAAUUCAGCAGGGGCGAUUUUUCUGAUGGUGAUUGGUCUGGUUGUUGGUGUGCUGAGCCUGUGUGUCAUCAUUUUCUCCUGGGUUCAAGGUCUUUGACCUUUGACAUCAUCAUUGUGGGACAUAUUACAUGUGUUGUGAGCUCAACACAUCCAACCCCGAAGAGAAACCUUAUUUUACAGGCUGAAUGAAGGGAAGCCAAACGAGAGGAGCCAGCUGUGCUCUUACAAAACUUCUCAUUUUCUCAUAGUGCUGUUAUGACACUUGAAUGCUGAACAGAGGCACAAUCAAAUUCAAAAUAUCCAGCAGAGUACUGAAAUGCAUAUUAAUCUAUACUGAAUGUCUAAACAACAGCAGAUUUGACAAUUUUUGAAUCAGAUGGUUACUGUCAUCCAUAGAAACACAGUUGAGGCCAGUGAAUGAAUGAACUGCACUACCGAUUUUACAUUAAUUGAAUGUGGGAGAUUUACAUAGAUAUUUAAUGAAAAGGAAAAUCUGCUUGUCUGACUGAAGAAGAAAAAAAAAAAAAAAAAAAAAGCUCUGGUUUGAUGAUGAGCCACUGUCUUUUUUUAUAAGAUUUUUCAGAACAUUCAGGAUAUUUCUUCUCCAACACACUAAUCCCAAAGAUUUUCUGUUGAUUUAUUUUUCCUUCUAUUUUAAAUAAAGAAAAAAUAAAUAUAUUGAAAAUAUACAGAAUGGUAAUUAUAUAUAUAUAUGUAGACAUAUUUUUUUACCAUUGCAAUCCUGUUUACAUGUCCAAAAGGACAAUUUUGGUGUAUUUUUAUUAUGGUGGAUUUCAAUAAAUAAAGGGAAAUAAGAAUUAAAACUGGUUUCUCACUGA